AUGACCAGAUCUUCCAUAGCAGAGAUCAUCGAGCAAGAGCCGAUUGGCGGUAGAAUGAAUGCCUUCCGCGCUAAGCUAGUGUUAACAUGCGAGGAUCUAGGGCUCCCAUACUGUGUGAACUCCCGAUAUGAUCUCGAAAAUGAAGGUUCUCGCAAGAGUAUAUCACUGGACCUGGUCGUCGCCUUGCAGGCGCUUCCUGCCUCCCGUGUAUUACCUCCUGUUGUUGGACGCCAAAACCUCCUGAGUGAUCUCAUAAUCCUAACCUCGAGAAUCAAUGCCAAUGAAUCUCAGUUUGAAAAUCUGAUACCACUAUUACAUGCGAUCCUUAGCCGUGAAUCGGACGACAGCAUCUGGGAUAAGGUCUAUGCUGCUGUGGCAGAAUCCACCUCACAUCCUCAGCCCGCGUCGUACAUCAAGCACAUUCCAUAUUCACAUUCUACCAGCGCCAGCCCAAAUUUUAAUGACCACGUUGAUGAUAUUGAUGCUAUUCUCGAGGAGGAAUGA